AUGGCGUCAAUAGCCACCUGCUUCACACUUCCACCGAAGCCGCGUUCUCGCCUCGUGUUCAAAGCCUCACUUUUCCCCAACCGUCCCAAAACCUUUCGUCUUAUCCAAACGCCCAUUUUCCCGGGCUUUGGCGCGAAGUUUCGAGAAUCUAGGGUUUUUGUGCCGGCUGUGAAGGCAAGCCUUGACGCCACCACUGCAAUUAGGCCCGGCGGUGCUGUCGAGAGCGAUAAGUUGCCUUCAGAUGUGAGAAAGCGAGCAAUGGAAGCUGUGGACGCUUGUGGAGGAAGAGUGACGAUUGGUGACGUGGCCGGUAGGGCUGGGCUGAAGCUCAAUGAAGCUCAGAAUGCUUUGCAAGCUCUCGCUGCUGACACAGAAGGCUUCUUGGAGGUCUCGGAUGAAGGUGAUGUACUCUAUGUUUUCCCCAAGGAUUAUCGAGCAAAGCUUGUAGGCAAAUCGUUUAGAAUGAAAGUUGAGCCUCUGCUUGAGAAGGCAAAGGCCGGGGCCGAGUAUGUAGCAAGGGUUUCAUUUGGAACUGCCCUAAUUGCUUCCAUUGUUCUUGUUUAUACUGCAAUUGUUGUUGCUCUGUCUUCUGGUAGAAGUGAAGAUGACAAUCGCGGAAGACGGGGAGGAAGGUCGUAUGAUUCGGGGUUCAAUUUUUACUUCAGCCCCACUGACCUCUUUUGGUACUGGGAUCCAUAUUACUAUAGGAGGCGACGACCACAAACAGAUGAUAAUAAGAUGAAAUUCGUUGAAUCUAUUUUCUCAUUUGUAUUUGGCGAUGGUGAUCCAAACCAAGGAAUCGAAGAAGAGAGAUGGAAGUUGAUUGGGCAAUACAUAGCCUCUAAUGGUGGAGUUGUUGCAGCUGAAGAGCUUGCUCCAUAUCUUGAUGUAGAAACUUCCGGGGGAACUCUGAAUGAUGAAACAUACAUCUUACCUGUUCUUUUACGGUAUGAGGGUCAGCCUGUAAUAGAUGAAGAGGGAAACAUUCUGUACCAAUUUCCAUCUCUACAGCGCACAGCUUCUACUCCAAGGAGUGGAAGGAAGGAAUAUGUGGGGAGAAGAUGGGCUGAUUUUGUUGGAGGAGUUGAUAAAUUUUUCAAGGAGAAGAAAUGGCAAUUCAGCAACACUAGCAUUACUGAGAGAGCAAUGGUCGCUGGACUUGGUGGACUUAAUUUAUUUGGGGUUAUCUUUCUUGGAGCCAUCUUAAAGGAUACUUCAAUUGCACCAGUUGGUUUUAUUAAGUUUAUUACUGGCAUAUUUCCACUACUUCAGAUUUAUGCUGGUUCGUUCUUUGCAAUUCCUUUGUUCCGGUGGUUCAUCGUGCUUAAGACAAAUGCUGACAUAGAGAAAAGAAAUCAAGCAAGACAGCAGUGUGCUCAAGCCCUUGAAUUGCCAGAUCUUUCACUAAGACGAAAGCUCCUCAGUGCUCGGGACAUGGCCCAAAGAACAUUCAUUGGGCAGGAUAGAAUUGUCUAUAGUACGGACAGGGAUCUGAUUGAGCAAGACUACGAGGCCCAAGAAUGGGAUAAGAGAUUUCGAGAAAUAGAGAAAUCAGAUUGA